AUGAGUUUGUGCAGCGAUGGAAGAAUAUUAGAUAAAAUUGUAUUACAGAAUCCUCAACCUGCUUGGAAUAAGAUGAGUAAAUUGAUAAAAUUGUGUUUUUCUGAACGCACGAAUCCGGUUGUCAUUACUGAUGAUUUGGUUGACGUAAUCUACGGAGCUUCACGAGACAUUGAUCAAUCACAUGUCAACAUCAUUGACCAUGACUAUCAAGCCAGGAAAAUCCAAAUAUUUAACCCCGCCUAUCCGACUUAUAUUCUCUCUGCUAAUUCUGCUGGCGAAUUGAAAGAUCUGUUGCUCGCAUUGAAGUCAUCGCCGACAUGGAGCAUUAAUUCUGUGUUUUUCGUCAUUGGAAUCAACGAAGAAUCUUGUGACAAAGCUUCGAAAAUACUCCAAGUUCUCUGGAAAAUGAAUUUGAUCUCAGCUUUCUAUGUCUGCUAUGAGCCUGAUGACAAGGACACGAUGAUACUUUAUACAUAUAAUCCAUUUACCAACCGAGCACCUGAGCCGUGGGUGGAAGUGGAAUUAACCGACAGACCAGACAAUCGAUGGAGUCUCUACAAACAGCCUUAUAUAGAUGACAAAGAAGCUUGUAAGAGUCUCACCUACGACAAAACAAAGUCUCUGGAUGGUUACGAAGUAAAAGCUGUUAGUAGAUCGUUCUUGAAUUAUACGCAUGGUAAAACUUACGAUUUGGAUUCUUUACAAAAACAUAACAAAGUCCAAAAUAUUAUGUAUCCGAAAACCUUAUUUUCUGCACUAAAUAUCACACCCAUUGUAUAUUAUAGUCAAUCAGGCUAUUGGCUUAAUAAUACUGCAUUUGGGUAUUUGAAGGAAUUAAUGAAUAGUACAUAUAAUUUGGCUUUAGAUGUCCGCAAGCUCGAAUCUAUAUCCGACAUCGAUUUUAUAAAUUUGAAUCGUCAAUAUAGCGUCAUGAUUCUCACUCAGCGCAUAAGUAUUGUUCGGACAAUUAAAAACUAUGAAAAAUUUUUAAGUUUUGAAAUUAUUAGCGUAACAAUUCUUAUUUUAGUAGUAUCGUUCGUGAUUUUAGUAAUCCAUAAUGGUCGUAAUUAUGGCAACGGGUUCUUGGAUAUCAUUCGGCUCUCCAUAGGUGCUGGAAUAGACGCACCGUUGGAUAAAUUACCAGUCCGCCAAAUUUUUUCUUACUCAACAAAACCCGAGCAGUCUUACCCUGAAAAUUUAAAAGAUUUAGGAGACUUUAAGUUUAAUAUUUACUACCCCAGUUACAUGAAAAAUUUUAUUAACGAACAGACAUCAAUUUUGAAUUUGAAUAAAACGUACUUGCGACCGUUCAGUUAUCAUCCAUCGAAUUGCCACGAUAAAGUUUUGAAUGAUAGUUCUAAUGCCUGUUUGGCUUAUCUAUACUAUCAAAUACAAGCUGCAUAUAACUAUAACUUGCAUUUGGCUAAAAAAAAAUUGGAUCCUUUUUAUGUAACUUAUUGGACUAAUAAAGAUUGGGUUCUCCAGGAAAGAGUUAACAAAGUAACCUCGGAAUUUCUAGAAAUAGGUUUGUUUGAAUUAUGGGAUAAGCAACGAUCAAAAUACAUUUUUGAAAAGUUUAAAGCUAAGGAAAUAGUUGAAAAUGCAAGUGUAGAGUAUGAUGAAAUCGAAUUUGAAAAUUUAGAAAGCAUUUUCUUAUUCAUUUUGCUUUGUUUCUUUCUUGGCAUAUUGAUUUUUGUAGCUGAAAUACUCAUUGUAAAGUACAAGGCAGCACGACAUAGGAGAACGAUAAUUCGAACACUUGAAAAACGCGUUAAAUACGUCGGAGGUCGGCUUAUCCCAAUAGAAUAG